GAUUAAGUCGCUAUGUUCUUCCAUUGCACAGACAAAAUAAAAAUCAUCCUCCAUUCUUUCACCGUCACCAGAAUACAAAAUAAGAACAAAACCCCUGCAACUCAAAUCCUCAAUUCUCCGACAAAUCAAAAAACCCUAGAAAUCAAAUUUAGGGCAAACCAACCAGACAACAACACAAAUGUCGUCGACACUUCUUGAAGUAACUCGAGGUUCUCAUGAAGAAGUCGAAAGAUUAGAGCGUUUAAUUGUUAAAGAGUUUCAGAAUGAACCCGCUUCUUCUAAAGAUCGUCUUUAUCAAAGCCAUCGUGUUCGUUUUAUGAUUGAUCACAUCGUCUCUAACACUGAUAAGCUCGUUGAGAUUUAUGAAGAUAAGGAUAAUGCUCGAAAAGAUGAAAUUGCGGCACUUGGUGGACAGACUGCAACUGGUACUAAUGUGUUUAGUGCAUUUUAUGACAGAUUGAAAGAGAUUCGGGAGUACCACAGGCGGCAUCCAUCUGCCCGUGUCGUUGAUGCUGGGGAAGAAUAUGAGCAGAUGUUCAAGGAGGAUCCUGUGCUUGAUUUCAGUGGAGAGGAAGGAUUUGGCCGAUACUUAGAUCUGCAUGAAUUCUACAAUAGGUAUGUUAAUUCAAAAUUUGGCGAACCAAUGGAAUACACGGCUUACGUGGAGGUAUUCUCACAGCUACACAAGAUUCCUCGCAAACGAAAGAUGACUAGGCAGUACAGGGAGUAUAUUACUGAGCUUCUGGAGUAUCUGAUCUUUUUCUUAGAGAGAACUGAGCCUUUACAAGACCUGGAUAGAAUUUUCUCGAAGGUAGUAGCUGAAUUUGAAGAGCAAUGGGAGAAUGGAGAAGUAGAGGGAUGGAAGAAUGAGGGACGAGAGAAUGGACAUGUUUCUCAGGAUAACAUUAUUGAUCUUGAUUAUUAUAGUACAGUGGAAGAGCUUAUGGAAGUGGGGCCUGAGAAGUUGAAAGAGGCCUUGGCUGCUCUUGGACUCAAGACAGGUGGAACUGUUCUACAGAGAGCAGAGAGGCUAUUCCUCACUAAGAGCACUCCUCUUGAAAAGUUGGAUAAAAAGCACUUUGCUAAACCUCCACGUGGUUUAGAACAGAAUGGCAAUGGUAAUGUGCAAUUUCAGAAGCAAGAUGUCAAGGAACUAGCUUUAGUAGAGGCCAAAAUCAAAAAGCUCAGUGAACUUCUUGAAGAGAUCAUAAUCCGAACCAAAGAAAACGCAGUGAAGAAACAGGGGAUGACCUGGGAGGAGUUACAACAGGAGCAGGAAGAGGAAGAUGUACAAGGUGAUACUGAAAGUGACGAAGAAGACCAACCAAUAUACAAUCCUCUUAAGUUGCCUCUUGGUUGGGAUGGGAAGCCUAUACCGUAUUGGUUGUAUAAGCUCCAUGGUCUUGGACAGGAGUUCAAGUGUGAAAUUUGUGGGAACCAUAGUUACUGGGGUCGUAGAGCUUUUGAGAGGCAUUUUAAAGAAUGGCGUCACCAACAUGGAAUGCGCUGUCUUGGUAUUCCAAACACAAAGAACUUCAAUGAAAUUACUUCUAUUCAGGAUGCUAAGAAUCUCUGGGAGAAAAUUCAACAGAGACAAGGAUUGAACAAGUGGCGACCCGACCUUGAAGAGGAAUAUGAAGACCAGGAGGGAAACAUCUAUAAUAAGAAGACGUUUACCGAUCUACAGCGCCAGGGGUUGAUUUAAAGGAGAGGUGCUAUUUGUGCAAAUUUUUGAAAUCUUUUAGGGCUCAGUAACCUGUCUUGUUGAUCGUUCGAAGGUGUUAGAAAUUGAUUGAGCUUAGUAAUUGUUCAAAAUGUAAAAGAACCAUAAUUGAGACACUGUCAUCAGAUCUCAAAAGAGUUAGCCUUCGGAAUUCUAGUUAUAGUGAUCCAAAUAUCGUUGGACAACAGUGAAACUUUGUGCUAAGUAAUAGCUUUUGUGCUGAUUCAAUGGAUAAACCUGUUUUUGUGCA